AUGUCUCGCCAUCAUCCCGAUCUCGUCAUGUGCCGCAAACAACCCGGCAUCUCUAUCGGCCGCGUCUGCGACAAAUGCGAUGGCAGAUGUCCCGUCUGCGACUCGUACGUGCGCCCAACUACUCUUGUGCGCGUCUGCGACGAAUGCUCUUUUGGAAACUAUCAGAACAAAUGCAUUGUCUGUGGUGGGGAGGGGAUCAGCGACGCCUUUUAUUGUUUCCAGUGUACCCGUCUUGAGAAAGAUCGCGACGGAUGUCCGAAGAUUAUUAAUCUGGGUAGUUCGAGGACGGAUUUCGGAAUGGGAUAUGAAGGAAUAACAAAGGCUAUCUCAAAUGCAUACAUCUACUCGCCUGACUGGAUCUAA